UUGAGAGAGAGAAAGAGAGAUGCAAGUGGGGAUGCGCGCGGACAGGCCUAUCUAGACGCUUGGACUUUGAGAGUUAGGUUUUUCUAAUUUCAUCCAUUCAUGGACCUGAUCAGCUGCUCCUGUUGAAAUUUGCAAUGCACAUCGAAGCCAUACCAAGCAGCUGUUUGGGAUCAGUUUUCCUUUUCCACCCAGCUGUUGAUCGACAGGCUGAUUCAAAUAUUGUUCGAAAUGUAAAUCACUUCUUGUUGAAGUGACACUCCUGUCCAUUUUACGUUUCAUUUUCGGCAAGAAAUAUGAGGGAGAUUGGGGACAUCGAUGCUUCAGAGCGCAGUCCUUACAAAGAGGAUGAGGGGUUUGACGAGAACAAGCCCAGAACCAGUGCAAGCUCAAGCAACAGCUUAGCCGACGAGAGCGAGAAGACGGCCAGGUCUAGCGGGGUGCGGCAAUAUUCGAGAUCUAAGCUGCCGAGGCUGCGAUGGACUCCUGAUCUUCAUCUUUCUUUUGUUCAAGCUGUAGAGCGACUUGGCGGCCAAGAAAGAGCGACACCUAAACUGAUUCUGCAACUGAUGAAUAUCAAAGGGCUAAGCAUAGCUCAUAUCAAGAGCCAUCUGCAGAUGUACCGGAGCAAGAAGAUCGACAAUCGAGGCCAAGCAGUCAUAACUAGUGGGGGAUUUCAAAUCGGGAGUGAAGAUGGCCUCCAAAAAUUUUGGCAACCCUCUAUGCUUGAUCAACAGAUUAGGUCUUUCAGAUAUAGCAAUGUUUCUUCCAGUGGCCUUGGAAACUGGAUGCCAAGGUCUUGUGUAAAUGACACCAAGAGAAUCAGGGCACGAGCAAGCCUUCAUGGCUUUCUAGGUGAAGGGUUCCAUGGCCAAACUGGAAAUAUGAGCAUGGGAAAUCAGCAGUAUUUAUGGAAGGAUUUCGCGAUGCUAUAUGGGUGUGAAUCCAAGCAUCUGAUCACUAAACAAGCCCCAAUAGAACCCUCUUUGAUCAGCAGUCAAUGGAAUAAUGGAAGCCAGCAUGAGAAAUAUUGCUUCAGCAACUCAGUCCAUCAUAUCUCAGACAUCAGCUGGAGCAGCGACCGAGAUCGAACGCGAAGCUCGUCGAAGAGGAAAGCUCAGGAAAUUAACGAUCUUGAUCUUAAUCUGUCACUGGGCAUGAACUCAAGACAAGAAGAGGAUAGUAAUUUAUCGCUUUCUUUGUUUUCAGAUCAUUCAAAGAGAGAAAGCCAUUCUCUGGAAUUAGAUUUGGAAUCAGAACUUAGCAAUAAAUUGAAUAAUGAAAAUAAAAGAAUGAAUCCGAGAUGGGCAAGUACUCUGAAUCUCACUAUAUGAAUUAGAGAAUUCUAGUGAGAUCUUGUUGGUACUUGCUUCACUACAUAAAAUGAUCAUUGCUGUUUGGAGCUGGACAUAUGAAACUGUUUUCUUUAUGCUUGUGUUAAUUAGUUCUUUCUUCUUCUUUUUUUAUGAACUUGAUUUCUUGAUUCUCAUUGUGCUAAUUAAUUAGUUUUGAUACAUAACCAGUCUGAAUUCUGGUUUAUCUCUUCAUUGGAGC